AAAAAUUUGUUUAUUGUUUAUUUAUUUUGGGAGAGAAAGUAUGCACACGUGCUCACGCAUGAGCGGGAAGGGGCUGAAAGAGAGGGAAAGAGAGAAUCCCAGGCAGUAACCGUGAGAUCAUGAUCUGAGUCGAAAUAGAGUCCACCGCUUAACCAACUGAACCACACAGGCGCCCCUUCUUUUUAUAUUUUUUAACUUGGCUGCUAGAAGAUUGAAAAUUAUAUAUGUGGCUCAGAUUAUAUUUCUAUUACAGAGGGCUUUUAUAGAUAGAAGGAAUACAGCUGGUAUUUGCUAGUACUUACUACGUGCCACAUAUUGUCUGGAACCUGUAAUAAACUUAAGUUAAUCCUCAUAGAAAACUUUAUGAAGUGAUGUUAUUAUUAUCCCUCUUUUUCAUGUAAGGGUAAGGUGCAGACAGGUUGGGCAGCAUACUCCGCUAGUAUGUAGAAAGCCAGGAUUCAAAUGUAGGCGCCUCUGGCUUCAAAGCCAGUGGCUUUCCCAGCACACUAUGGCAUGUUGUCAUUGGACCAUUAAAGGUGGUUGAGUUGGAGAAUGAUAUGAUUGGAAUGAUGCCUCAGCAGACUUGUAAUAAAGAUAAGUAAGGAGAAGAAACUCCAUUUAUAGUUGUCUAGUUUUUUAUUUUGUUAAUGUUACUUUUUUGUGGAAGAACAAUUCCUUUAUUAAAGUGAAGUUUUAAAUUGAGUUUUUUUGAAGUAUCCUUUAUAUUAACCGCUUCUCAAAAUAUUUGCCUUACCGCCUUUGUAGAUUUGAUAAUGGGCUGCAUUAAAAGUAAAGAGAACAAAAGUCCAACCAUUAAAUAUAGAACUGAAAGCACUCCAGAGCCUGUCAGUGCAAGUGUCAGCCAUUAUGGAGCAGAACACACUGCAGUGGCCCCAUCGUCUUCAACAAAGGGAGCAUCUGUGAAUUUUAACAGUCUUUCCAUGACACCAUUUGGAGGAUCCUCAGGGGUGACACCUUUUGGAGGAGCAUCUUCUUCAUUCGCAGUGGUGCCAAGUUCAUAUCCUGCUGGUUUAACAGGUGGUGUUACUAUAUUUGUGGCCUUAUAUGAUUAUGAAGCUAGAACUACAGAAGACCUUUCAUUCAAGAAGGGUGAACGGUUUCAAAUAAUUAACAACACGGAAGGAGACUGGUGGGAAGCACGAUCAAUUGCUACAGGAAAGAACGGCUAUAUCCCUAGCAAUUAUGUAGCCCCUGCAGAUUCCAUUCAGGCAGAAGAGUGGUAUUUUGGCAAAAUGGGGAGAAAAGAUGCUGAAAGAUUACUUCUGAAUCCUGGGAAUCAACGAGGUAUUUUCUUAGUACGAGAGAGUGAAACUACUAAAGGUGCUUAUUCUCUCUCUAUUCGUGAUUGGGAUGAGGUAAGAGGUGACAAUGUGAAACACUACAAAAUUAGGAAACUUGACAACGGUGGAUACUAUAUCACAACCAGAGCACAAUUUGAUACCCUGCAGAAGUUGGUAAAACACUACACAGAACAUGCUGAUGGUUUAUGCCAUAAGUUAACAACCGUGUGUCCAACUGUGAAACCCCAGACUCAAGGUCUAGCAAAAGAUGCUUGGGAAAUCCCUCGAGAAUCUUUGCGACUAGAGGUUAAAUUAGGACAAGGAUGUUUUGGUGAAGUAUGGAUGGGAACAUGGAAUGGAACCACAAAAGUAGCAAUCAAAACACUAAAACCAGGUACAAUGAUGCCAGAAGCUUUUCUUCAAGAAGCUCAGAUAAUGAAAAAGUUAAGACAUGAUAAACUAGUUCCUCUAUAUGCUGUUGUUUCUGAAGAGCCCAUUUACAUUGUCACUGAAUUCAUGUCAAAAGGGAGCUUAUUGGAUUUCCUGAAGGAAGGAGAUGGAAAAUAUUUGAAGCUCCCACAACUGGUUGAUAUGGCUGCUCAGAUUGCUGAUGGUAUGGCAUAUAUUGAAAGAAUGAAUUAUAUUCAUCGAGAUCUUCGGGCUGCUAAUAUUCUUGUGGGAGAAAAUCUUGUGUGCAAAAUAGCAGAUUUUGGUUUAGCAAGGUUAAUUGAAGACAAUGAAUAUACAGCAAGACAAGGUGCAAAGUUUCCGAUCAAAUGGACAGCUCCUGAGGCUGCACUGUAUGGUCGAUUUACUAUAAAGUCUGAUGUAUGGUCAUUUGGAAUUCUGCAGACAGAACUGGUAACAAAAGGCAGAGUGCCAUAUCCAGGUAUGGUAAACCGUGAAGUGCUAGAACAGGUGGAACGAGGAUACAGGAUGCCUUGCCCUCAGGGCUGCCCAGAAUCCCUACAUGAAUUGAUGAAUCUUUGUUGGAAGAAGGACCCUGAUGAAAGACCAACGUUUGAAUAUAUUCAGUCCUUCUUGGAAGACUACUUCACUGCUACAGAGCCACAGUACCAGCCAGGAGAAAAUUUAUAAUCCACGUAGCCUUUUAUAUGUGUAAAUCUGCCAAAAUGUAAAGAACCUGUGUAGACUUCUUUACUUUACCUACAGGAAUCAAAAGAAGAAAGUCUUCAUUCUGCAUGUUUUUAAUGGUAAACUGGAAUUCCAGCUAUGGUUGCACAAACCACUUUUUUUUUUUUUUUCCUCAAGUGUUAAACUCUAAAGUACCAAUGACUCUAAACUCUAAAGUUCCAACUUAUUUCAGGGUCCAAAGAAGUAUAGUUGUGAUGUUGAUGAUAGUGUGAGGAUAGCAUAACAGUGAAGAGCAACAGGGCUACUUCUUUAUAAACCACUUCAUUUCUUUUAUUCCCCAAACUCAGAAUUGCUAAGAGAAAAUUAUAUAUCGUAAUAGACAAAACUUGGGAGAUAAAAUCAGUUCUACCAUAAUAAAAUCUAAAGUUAAGCAGCUUCAUGGGACCAAACAUUUCCAUUCCAGUUUUUAAAGAUUUCUUGCAUUCAUUGUUCUCACAAGUUUUUUCUAAGUUGAACUGUUAAUAUGCAAUCUUAAUACCUGCCUUCUUUUGCAUGGAAAUGGGCCAGGUUUUUAGAAGCAAAAAGGAAUAUAAACAGCCUCUGAAACUUGAUGAAAUGUUAGACCACAGUAGUGGCAUUUGAAAAUGUAAUGCACUAUGUUAAUACUCAUGGAACUGGAAAGUAGAAGAUUUUUACUUUAGUCAUUUUCUGAAUAGCUCAGUUUAGAAUAAUGGUAACUAGGAAGUGAGUUAAUCUUUUACAAUGUUGCAUUGAUCCAAGGGGAAAGCUUUUAAACUUUAGAUAGCAUCAAAAAAUAAGACCUGGCAUAUAAACAGUCCUUUUUAAAAAGUAGACUGGUACUGUGAGAUAUUUCUAAUAUUACUUAUGGUGAUGGGUGCCACGAAUAUAAAAUAUCACUAGAUCAGGGACUUAAAUGCACUUUUGCUUUUAUUGAAUAUAGAUUGACAGAGAGGAAAAUAUUUAAAGAAAUAUGAGAAAAGAAAAUGUGAAAAUUUUACAGAUGGGAUGUUAUGCUUAAUAUUAAGGAGUGACAAAAUUGCUUUGCUGGCACUCACAGCUCCUCACUUCUCUGUUUUCUGAGAUUUUAAGAGUUACAAGGUAUGACUAAAACUAAUCUUUUUUUAACAUAAACACUAAAUGAGUGUUACAGCCUCAAAUAGUUAAUUUAAGGCUUCCCACUAAUUCCAAUGAUACAGCCUUUAUGCGAAACAAUUUUAGAACUCGUUUUCAAAUCCAUGUUUAAAUCUGCACUAACUUUUUAAAUGUACUUAAUGGUGAUCUUUUUUUCCCUUUUAGAAUUUAGUUGACUUGGGGAGGAGAACUUAUUGAGAAUAACAACAGUGGUGAAAAGGGGGGACAGUUUUUGCCCAUCCAAAAUGUAGAAAUAAAACUCCAAGAGUUUUAUGAUCGACUCAAAAAGAAACUCCAAAAUAUAAAUUUGAAUAGCAGCAUUAUUGGUUCAAGUGUCUAGCAAAGGAACUGAAUCUGAUGAACAAAAGUCUGGUAUUUUUGUUUUUGUUUUGGUAUUUAUGUUUUAAAAUAUUCUCCUUUAUAGUCACACUUCUAAUGCAGUGCAUCGGGUUUCCAUAUUUUAGAAUUCUUUUUUUCU